AUGGAUGUUCAUGUUUCCAGUCAGAUGAACAUGCACACUCGCCGGAGACGAGGUUUCACCCCUCGCCGAAGUGCCCGGCUCAGAAAUUGCCGACGACGGCAGGUUGGCAACAAAAUGCGGCUGAGUGGCCCAAAUCUUCUUCUUUCCCUUCAUCGCUUCAACAGAGUCUUUGAUCAUCUUUGCCUUCACAGCCUCAAUUUUCGCCGCAAGAAAUUGCCCAAUUUCCUCCCUGGAAUUGUACCAGUCCUCCCCGCCGGGAAUUGGGUAACGAGCCAGUCUCCGUUUUUCACGCUCCUUCCUAAGUUGGUCUUCUGCUUGCAGAGCCUUUUCGACUUUACUUGGCCAGAUUUCGGGCCCGGCCUUUUCGGGCCCGAACACAACCAUUGCGAUGUCCACUCCGCAGAAGGUGGACAGGUCGCGGCCAUUUUUUUCGAGGGUCAUCUUCCUCCUUUGAAAGGUCUUCAGCCGGCAUUUCCCGUCCGGGAUGAACUGCAUAAGCCUAGCUCCUUUCCUGUCCGUCGGACCUUGAUUCACCGGAGGGACGUGAGGAAGAGUCUCAAACUCCGCCGCCGAUGGUGA